AUGACUCACAAGUGGCGAGUGACAGUCAAUAAUCGGGAAGUGGCAAAGGACACGGAGGAAGACGUUGUCCUAGCCCCAAGUGCCUUCUGGCAGCUCACACUACAGAACAAGCUAGGGAAAGUCCUAGGCCGGAAAAUCCCCCGCAGUCGUCGGGUGAGAGCUGAUGACACUGCCAUCGUCGUCAGGGUAAAUGAUCGUUCCCAGCGUGAUCUGGCUAAACGAUUUGACAAUACCGAUGUUGUUUGGGACACCAUUGAGAAGCAGCUUCUAAUGUGGUCAAGGCUGUUCUCCUGUGGUAAGGAACUCACGCUGAAGAUCAGCUUCAACUACGUAGACGAUCGUCAGUCUCCCCCUGCUGCGGGUCGGAGAGGAGAGAAAAGAGGAAAAGCGUCUGUGACAAAAAAAAUGCUUGAGAAAAGAGAUGCACAACUCGAUGCGGAGGAGCAUGCUUCCGGUCAGAAGCCACUCUGGCGCAGUGUCUAUAAUUUGAUGCGAUGCGCCUCUAUGACUUGCUCUUCAGGCCCCUAUUGUUGGGUAGACCCUGUGGGGAAAAAGCACUAUCAAAUGAAAAACCAUCAUCUGAAACACCUUGUGACUUACGUUGAGAAAGGCGGGGUCCUAGAUGGUCAUAAAGACCUGCCGGAUGCCGUGCGUGAAGACUUAUAUAUGGAAGAACAACAGAAGCUUGAGAAGCAUGGGCGGAAAGGAAAGCACGUCAUUGAGAAUGGCUUACCAUACCCCCCUAUCAGCAUUACUAACAAUGUCUUGCCGCCACAUUCCUCCGCCACUGAAUCGGAAACUGCUACCCCGCAGAAGGCUGACAGUCACCUAACGGCUUCAAGUCCGCUUGAUAUUCCUGGGCCUAGGGAUGAAGCGGUUAAGGAAUAUAGUAUGUGGCAGAUGUCGAAUGUGACAGAUGGUACCUUGAAAGCUUCAUUCCGACAAGUCUGCGAUGUGAUGAUUGAGAAUGGUCUUGACCUUGAGCAGGUCUACAAAGAUCAAGACCCCAACUUUUUUAUCAGCAAGGGGAUAAAAAUAGGUAUUGCUCGACAAAUUGUUGAAGAUAUUCGGUGUUGGGUCGAUAACGUGAAGAGAGUUAUCCCUAUUUGUGAAAUAGAUUAG